AUGGCUGCAUGGUCGGAUUUACUCCCGGAGCUUCUCGACGUUGUUUUCCACAGCGUUGACUCUGCCGGAGACACCCUUAACUGUGUCACCGUCUGUUCUUCUUGGAGAGAUUCUUCUUCCGCCGUGUAUAGUCGCAAGUUUGUUCCUUUUCUCUUUGUUUCCCACCUCUCUGCCGAAGAAGAAACUCAAUUGUCCGACCGAUUUAGGGUUUUGUCUCUAGAGAAUUUCGAUUUCUCCGGGACGAAUCAGAGAUUGGUUUGCGGAGCCACGCUAGGGUUUUUGUUAACGGUCACUGUUUCUUUCCCGUUCGAGGUUCACUUACAAGACCCGUUCGCUAACAUAGUAGCUUCUCUGCCACCAUUAAUAUCUUUUGAGGAUGUUCAGCGGUUGCUUCAAUCCCAAGCCAUCUUUCCGGACUUUGAAACCCUAAAGAACUUUGUCAAGAAAGCAGUCUCUUCAACAAGUUUAUUAGACCCUGAUUGGGUUGUGCUCAUAAUCUACAAUACCGAUGGAAAACUAGCGUUCUGCAGACGCGGAGAUAAACAAUGGACUGAUUUGAAUUCUGAUCACGUAGCUUCUUCUGUUGAUGACAUUGUGUUCUGCAAUGGCGUCUUCUUUGCCCUGGACAGAAUCGGAGCGAUAUAUCACUGUGAGCUUGAUCCAAAUCCAAAGGCUGUUCCUUUAUCCUCACCGUUUCGAUACGACCCUUGCAAGAAAUACUUUGCAGAGUCGGAAUACGGCAAACUGUGGGUGGUUCUAAAGAAGCUAGAGCUUAGCGACGAUUAUGAUUUCGCAAUCUAUUUCGAGAUAUACGAGUUCAAUUCAGAGACGAAAGAAUGGACAAUGGUGAGAAGUUUGAGAGGAAAAGCUUUGUUCUUGAGUACUCAUGGUGAUGGUAGAUGUGUAGCGGUUUUAGCAUGUGAAUCCAGAUCUAGAGGGUUCAUCAAAGACAAUUCUGUUUACUUUGUCAAUGGAGACGAUGCAAAUUUUGGAUCAGGGUCGCUGAAUCUUAGCAUUUUCGAAUGGGAGAGUAAGCAAACCUGGAAGCUUUACCAGCCAAGAUCUUGGAAUUGUCAUAUGUUUUGGGUCACACCUACAAAUGUUCUUCAAGGAUGA